GCACCGUGCCCGCGCGCCGUCCUCGCCCGGUCAUGCCGCCCCUCUUCCUCGUGGCCGCCCUGCUGCUGGCCGCCGGGCCUGGGCCGAGCCUGGGCGACGAAGCCAUCCACUGCCCGCCCUGCUCCGAGGAGAAGCUGGCGCGCUGCCGUCCCCCCGUGGGCUGCGAGGAGCUGGUGCGGGAGCCCGGCUGUGGCUGUUGCGCCACUUGCGCCCUGGGUUUGGGGAUGCCCUGCGGGGUGUACACUCCCCGCUGCGGCUCGGGCCUGCGCUGCUACCCGCCCCGAGGUGUGGAGAAGCCCCUGCACACACUGAUGCACGGGCAAGGCGUGUGCAUGGAGCUGGCGGAGAUCGAGGCCAUCCAGGAAAGCCUGCAGCCCUCUGACAAGGAUGAGGGUGACCACCCCAACAACAGCCUCAGCCCCUGCAGCGCCCACGACCGCAGGUGCCUGCAGAAGCACUUUGCCAAAAUGCGAGACCGGAGCACCAGCGGGGGCAAGAUGAAGGUCAUUGGGGUGCCGCGGGAGGACACUCGGCCUAUGCCCCAGGGCUCUUGCCAGAGUGAGCUGCACCGGGCGCUGGAGCGGCUGGCCGCCUCGCAGAGCCGCACCCAUGAGGACCUCUACGUCAUCCCCAUCCCCAACUGUGAUCGCAACGGCAACUUCCACCCCAAGCAGUGUCACCCGGCCCUGGAUGGGCAGCGUGGCAAGUGCUGGUGCGUGGACCGGAAGACCGGGGUGAAGCUUCCAGGCGGCCUGGAGCCAAAGGGGGAGCUGGACUGCCACCAGUUGGCUGACAGCUUCCGAGAGUGAGCUCUACCAGCAGGCAGGGGGCUCAGGGUCCCCUGCUACCCCCAUGUUCUGGAGGCUGCUGAGCUGACCUGGAGUGGAGUCUGGGUCUGAGUCCUGGCUCUGCCACUGGCCCAGAAGUUUCCCUUGGGGUGUGUAUGCGUGUGUGUGUGAGUGUGUUUAUGGGCAUGGGUGUGCCCUUGGGGUGAGCCAGAGCCUGGAGUGUCCUUUGGGCUUAGAUAGUCCAAGAGGUCAGAAUGGCAACGGGGAGCCCUAGUGUGUUUCCAAAUUGGUCUUGGAUCCCUUCACUCGUUCCUCCAUUCACCCAUUCAUUCAUUCAUCCAGCCAUCUAAAAACACUUAUUGACCACAUACUAUAUGUCAGCUCUAGUUUUCAGCCUUGGGAGCUGUUACUCCGACUUCCUCUGAUUUUGGCAUGUGGGGCCACUCCUGUAAGGUGAACACAAUCCUGUGGGAGAAGCAAAAUCUCAUUCCCAGAGUCAGAGAAGAGAGAUGUGUACCUUGACCAUCAUCCCUCCCCUCAAUGUAGACAGAGGAUGGGAGCCAUAGAGAAGGUGAGGGGUAGCAAAUGGCUCAAUGGUCAGGAGACCCAGGCCCACUCCCAAAUCUAAGGCUUGCCAGGGUCCCCUCUCUUCUCCUCCAGGAGGGAAGGGCCUGCAGAGACAAGCCCACCUUUGGGUCUGGGUGCUGUGGAAUCUGCUGGUUGCCUGGCAGCCGAGACCCUGCUGUGGGGGAGGGAUGGGGCCCAUCUCUCUGAGCAGUCAGGGUGGGAAGAAAGAAUGCAGGAUUGGACUGUAUGUGCCUCAUGGAGAAGAGGACCCAUGUGCUGGGGAAUGAGGGGGCUUGCCUGGGUCCUAUUCCCUACCCCAUUUGUGGUCAUAGCCAUGAAGUCACCAGGAUGACCCCAUCCUUCCAGUGGCUCAGUGCCUGUGGCUCUGCCUCCUUCCCAUAUCUCCUUCCCCUACACCUCCCACCCAACACCUCCUUGCUCCCAUGGGCAUUUUCUGGCUUGACUGGAUGGAAAGAGACUUAGGGACCUACCAGUUGGCCAUGAUGUCUUUUCUUUUUCUUUUCUUUUUUUUUAACAAAACAGUACAAAACCAAAAAAUGUCCAGAUAA